AGGGAGAUUAAGCGUGUGAUGAACCAUUUAAAGGGAGAAGUGACAAAAGAUGCAGUCUCCUUUCCUGGUUUCAUAGUCCCCUUAGAGAUUCUGGCUUUUGAGUGUAUUCCUGCUCUGGGGAAAGAGUUUAGAAUCUAUCAAAAGAAUCCUUGUGCGGACUGUCCAAGGAUGUGCAAGAGCCGGUUUACAAAGACCAGUAUGAGGGGCUAUCCUUUGGAAGACAUAUACCGAGCGCUUGGAGACACAAAGACUAUUCACAGUGUGUUGGAACCAAAUAUUGGUGAGGAAAUGUUGUUGGCUCGUAUCAUUGACUUGGAACGAGAGUAUGACCGUCAGGGCAGCCCAAGCGAGACUUGGAACCACUGGUUAACUGUGAAGCAGAAGAGUAUUUGGUGGGAAGAGCUGUAUGAUUUAGAUCAAGCUGCACGAGUGUUUACAAAAAAGAAGGACAAAGAAAAGGUGACGUUUGCAGAAGCAUCAUCCUCUGAUUCGAGCUUGCAAGGUCUGGAAAAUAGGCUUUUGGAUUUCAUGGGAGAAGCAUUUGUUGGACUUAACUUUACGGUGGAGACAAAGCUGGAGGCUGUUGAUUUGAGGCUGGGUGGAAUUGAAAAGAACCAGCGGCUGUUGAGAUGCAGGGCUAAAAAAAUAGAAAAAAUUUAA